GCCACAAGUACACUGGUUACAAAAAUAGUGUCCGUUAAUAUUUCGAAGGUAACAGUGAAGGAUACAAGACGAUGCGCAAAUUCAUUAUAUUAGCCAGUUUAGUGGCAUGCUGUGUGGCAGCUCCAACACUCCAGCAAACAUCAAAAGAACAACAAGAUCACAGUGUACUCCUACAGCGUCCCAGUCCCAUCAAUCCUGAUGUACCUAGUGACCCUAAGCCACCUGAGAAAAUUAUUAAGAUCACCGAUCCAAAGGAGAUUGUGAAACAUAAGCGUGAAGCUGAAGAUGAUCCAUAUAAUCACAUUUCACGGUUUGCGCCAACUGCGCAUCCCACACGACAGGCGGAGGAGCAACACCCACACGAAUCCGAGGAGAAACAUCUUGUAGAAGCUGAUCCUACUCAUCAUCGCGAAAAGCGAGAGAAACAACAAAUUAAAGAUACAAGAAAACCAGAAAAAGCACCAGCUCCGCCAGCACCUGCAAACAAGGCAGCAGUGAAAAAAGAUAGUCCGAAGCGUCCACGUGGCCAAAGUGGACCAACCAAAUCCAUUGUACCAACACCAGAACCAGCACGUGAUUUACCAAAGCACCGCCAACGCCGUCAAGUGGACCCACAUCUACUAGGUGCAUCUACAGUUGGAGUGACUCCACUCAUUUAUCAAGAUGAUGAUAAAAAGUCGGACGAAGCUGAGGCGCAGCAUGAAGUUAAAUCCUCUGAAGAAUCAACAGAAUCCACAGCCAAACCUGCUACCCAUGAGUCAACUCAAGUUAAACGAGAUAUACCAGUGCCUUUGGUGCCGAAAUACCAUCAUCCUGAGGAAUCGCCAAAUAGUAAAAACCAAGAAGAUAAAGUAGAAGCAGUGAAAAACAACGAGCACCAUCCAAAUCAUGAAGACAGUAAAUCGCACGAAAGUGACGAAAGCGAUGAAGACUCUAAAGAAAAGAAGCCAGCGCCAGCUAUUCAAAAUCACCAGCCGAACAAUCAGGCAGGGCAACCACUACCUGCACAGCAGCAUCAAAUUCAAAUACCUGCACAACCCUCGCAUCCAGAUAUUGAAAAUAAUAAGCCUAUUGAAGUGCACAAUAAUGGUGCACCGUUAGAAGUGCGCCCACAUGUUGGACAGCAGCAUCAAACUCAAACAUCAGCACAGCCCUCGCAUGCAGUAGAGCAAAAUGAUAAACCAGAGCCAGAGAAUCCCCAACAUGCACAACAACAUCAGCAUACGGAAGAACCGGCAACGGAGCAAAAUAAACCCCAUGAAGUUCACAAUAAUGAAUCUGUCUUAGAGCAGUUGGCCGGCAUUAAACCAACUCAGAUAAUAAACUAUGAAACACCGGCUAGCGAGAUUACUGUUCCUAUUAAACAUCCCGUACCUGUUGCUGAGUUAUUUUCGAGGCCAAAGCAAUAGUUGGACUUAGCGCACUCACUUGAAUCACUGCUGAGAAAACUGUCUUAAACAUUUUCACUAUUUUACAUUCACUUUACACCUUCAUAUGUAUAAAACUUUUAUUUGAACAUUUAACAACAACGGAUUUUUAUUAUUAUUACGAAAGCUGUUAAUUAUACAACCGCGCGAAGACAAAUUACUAAAUUUUCACUUCCGCUAUAUUCCGUUAUUUCGAUAACACUUGCUUGCAAUGCGUGUACACAUGUAGAUAUGUAUGUAUGGAUGCAUGCAUACAUUAGGUUUGUUCCACACGAGCCCGCGGGAUCCCGUGGGUGCCCAAAAAAGGCCAGAAAGCGUUCCUCACGCUAGAAAAAUGGGUAAUACCUGGUAAUAGCAUGGUCGGACCGACAUGUUCGACCAUGUACGGACCACUU